GCUGCAAAGUUACAUGUGUAAAAACAAAAAAUUAAUAAAUCAGAAACCAUUCCAUUCAAGCAGUUAAAUGGCAUUCAACUCAUCACCAUUCAUCGCCCUAUCAGAGUCCUUGUAUAUGGGUCUGUGUCUAAAACUGGGGACUUCAGAACUGGUGGCCAUGAGAAGAGAAAUAGAGGACAUCCAAUAAAAAUUACGUGAUUCAAGAUUGCCAAAGGGUACUGGUUUUCUUUGGGGUGGAAGUAAGAGCGAAGGAUUUAGACUAGCUGGGUCAGAUUUUGAUUACAUGUAUUGGUUAAAGCAAAAUAAAGUGAUUUGGGAUUUAAAUCAAGCUCAAUUUUACAACGACAGAGCCCUUAUUUUUGCCAACUGCACCGAUAGCCCACCAGGAUUCACAUUGCUUCAGCUUUUGUCACCAAAUAUCCACUGCAAAGCUUUCAUAACGACUUGUAUUCCAAUAAAUGGAAAAUUUUAUAUAUCUAGUUCUAAACAUAAACAGAUGAUGUGUUUCUUUCAAAGAAAAUGUUGUGGGGGUAAUUGUGUUCAGCAUGGACCAUGUGUGAGUGAUGUGAGUGGCAAUGAUGAAAUAGAUAUGGCGUGGUGUUUUGCCAGCGACUUUUGGCCUCCAUCUGCCUUCCCAUGGAUUGAAAGAUGUCACAACUGGCCUCCUCCGCGUGCUGUUCAAGAUAUAGUCAAUAAAGGAUGCCAUUUUGUAGCAAUCGGGCACAAAUUAGGGAAUCAUGAACAUGAUGAAUGGAGAAUUUCAUUCUCUUUGGCUGAACAAAAACUUGUAUUCGAAAUGAACCAUUGUCAAUUUCUCGUGUAUGGAUUGCUAAAGAUUUUAACAAAGGAAAUUUUUCACAGAAUGCUUGGAAAUGAAGGUAAAUUGCUAUGUUCAUACCAUAUGAAAACAGCAGUUUUCUGGGGAAUUCAACACAACAUAAUUUAUUUCUGGUGUCCACAAAAUUUACUGGAGUGUUUCUGGGUCUGCUUUAAAUUGAUCCUCAAAUGGGUGUACGAGGGAGUAUGUCCUAAUUUCUUCAUACCAGAAAACAACAUGUUUCUCCAUAAUAUAUAUGGCGAAGCACAAAAGAAUUUAUUCAAUAAUCUCUAUGCACUGUAUCAGAAGGGAAUAGCAUUUCUACUGCUAAGUCCUUCUAUCAACUUUUGGAUAAUAACUUCUCUUUUGGAUCCAAGACGCAUUUGCACAGAGUACAUUAGAAUCUUUGAGGACGAGUUUGAUCCAGAACUCUUCACUGAAAUAUCGAAAAAGAAUCUGGUAUAUGAUGACCUUCCCUCGUGUAUGCGGUGCUUAAUAACAGUAGAGAAAUUGAUAAGUUCACACCUGACGGAGUACCACGUUAUCAUGUUACUCAGAUCUAUUGCUGACAUAUUUCAGGCAACUGCUUUUAUAUUACACGAACUGAACAAAAAAACGGGUCUAAACAAACGUGUUUAUGUCGCCGACAAAACUUCCUGUUACAUGGUAAAACAGGCUGCAAAAUUUGGAUUUAUUUCAGAUAUGUUGUAUACUGCCAUAUAUUAUUACAAGACAUUGCGGUACGUGAAAUCUUUGUUUUUCAUUAAAACGACAAAGCUCAAAUUAACACGGCCAUAUAUACUGCGAUCUCAUAAAGUUGCCGAUAAAAGCUAUACAGAGGCCCUAGGAGGAAAACCAUUGUCUACAAAGAUGAGACAGGCGGUAGCAAUGCAUAUCAUUGUUGACGGAAAGACCCGUUACAUUAACGAAUUAGUACCGGAAAUUGCAUCAAAUAGACAAAAUGGCAUGUUUGGAAUAGCUAUCGCAGAUCGUGUAAUGUUACUAAUGCUAGAAAUUUUAUGCUAUAUACAUAUUGACAGAAAGAAAGCACAUUCAGCUCUUAAUGAUCUACAGGAUUUAGUCCACCGUGGUGAGGUCGAGAUUGAGCCAGGAAUAGGAAAAGACAUUGCAUGGCAAAUUCUGGGCAUCUGUCAACAGAUGACGGGGAACCACAAGGCUGCUCUGUAUUCAUACCUACAAUCACUCCAACAAGAUCCAAUCCACAGAAUACAAACUGCCACGCUGAUAAGAAUACUGACUUUAUACUCAGAUCUCAGGAGGUAUAGAGAAGAUUAA